AUGGCGGAGGAGCAGGGACCACGGACACGGGAGAAAGACCCGGAUUGGAGGCCGGCGCCGGGAGAGGCGGAUGGCGAGAGUGGAGGAUCGGGUGAUGAGGGCCGGGGAGGGAGAGGAGAGGGCUGGGCUGGUGGCAGUGCCGCGCGCGGAAGCAGUGCAGCAGGAAAGAGGCCGCGUGCCAGUGGGUCUGGGGGGUCGGGAGCGGAGGGGGCCGGGCCAGAAUCGAAUGCUCAGCCGCAAGGGGCAACCGCGGGUGGGGGUGAUGGGAUGAGUGGAGGAGGGGCAGGUACCUCCGCCGCUCCGGUUGGUGGUGCACCUGUGGGGGGGUCAGGGAUGUCGGGAGCUGCUGCUGUGACCGCCAGCCAGAGCGCCGAGAGGAUGGGCAGGACCCCUACCGAUGAGGAGUUGGACCCAUGGACGGAGGAGGUCCUUAGUACUGCGGAGGCCGGCCUGGUGCGUGGCAUGUUUGGUGAUAAGGUGAAGGAUGCCAGGAAUUGCAAGGUUUGCGGGGAGGCGAUUAGCUGGAAAGGGAGUGGCACGACCGAGGGGACAACCGCUAGUGGGGUGACUGGUGGCGCCGCUGCCGGUGGGAGUAGGCAGAUGAACAUGGGUGCAUUCGUCGUGCCGCGUGUUGGUGCACAGCAGCUGCGCGACGGUUUGGUGCAGCUCUUUGCGGGAGCCGACCUUCCGUUUCGACUUAUCGAGAGGUCCGAGGGCGAGGCUGCUAGGGAGGACGUGCGGCAGAUGUUGGUGGGUGAUGGUAUGGCGGGGAGGAUGUCGCUCACAUUUGACAUCUGGACCAGUGAGAAUGGGCUGGCUUUCAUGGGGGUGACCGCUCACUGGAUCACCUGCGACUUCCAGCUCCGCCAGGUUGUUCUCGACUUCAGGCAGCUGAAGGGCUCUCAUACGGGGGACCUGAUAGCUACUGAGCUGGAGGAGGCACAACACUAG